CACCAAGUCAAUUAGGACUCGGGGUUACUCGUUUCCCCUGUGCUUAUAUAAAUUAGAAAAUAAACCCAAAAUUGUAAAAAUCAAAAUCAAAUUCAAGCUUCUCUCCGCAAUUGAAAUUUCUUCGCCCGUUAUUCUAAAUUUCUUCACACACUAAAUCAGAAAUGGCAACUGGAACAGCUCCCCCAAGAGGAAGUGCAGCAGCUGCUGCUAGCCUUCGGCGAAGGAGGACAACUAGUGGUGGGGCCGCUUCAGGAGGGGCAUCUGGAACUAUGCUUCAAUUUUACACAGAUGAUGCUCCCGGUUUGAAAAUAUCCCCAAACGUUGUACUUAUGAUGAGCAUUGGUUUCAUCGCAUUUGUUGCUAUGCUUCAUGUGGUGGGUAAGCUCUGGUUGGUCAGGAAAGACUGAAGCAAACCCUAAGAUUGUUAGGAAAACAGGCAGUGUUCACAGUUUUUGUUUUGUUUUUGUAUUCUGUUUCGAUAACCCUACAUUACUACUCUACGGCUGAAAUCUAUGGAUAAUGAAUCAUGUAUUACAUUUUCGAAACAGAGAUUAGUGUUUAAUAUAACAGCUUUUUAAACUUA